GGCGGGAGUCGGGGUCGUUUUCUCUGCGCACAAGGCGCCGCCACGGUUUUUUCGAAAAAUCGAUCGUGACCGUGCGCAUUCGCAUUGUACCUCGUUAGCCCUUUUCAUUUGUUUACCCGCCGCCGUUCACUAGCGUUCAUCAUCAUGUCCGGCGAGGAAGUAGCUGUACCACCUCCAGUUCAAUGGGCUCAGAGAGCUAACGUUGUGUUUGCCACCAUCUGUGUCGAGGAUUGCAAAAGUCCUGAUCUUCAAAUAGAAGCAGAUAAAAUUUAUUUCAAAGGCACUGGUGGAGCAGAAAAGAAAAAGUACGAAGUCACUAUACCUCUCUUCAAGGAAGUCGAUCCCGAGAAAUGUCUUAAGAGCGUAAGGGACCGUAACAUAGAACUAAUCCUCAAGAAAAAGGAUGAUGGACCAUACUGGCCAUCACUACUUAAGGAUAAGAAGAAGGUCCAUUGGUUAAAGGUUGACUUCAACAAAUGGAAAGAUGAGGAUGAUAGUGAAGAUGAAUUGGGAGGAAUGGGAGGUGGCGGCGGCGGUGGUGGAGAAGACUUAGAAGAGAUGAUGAGACAGAUGGGCGGUCUUGGAGGAGGAGAAGACAAGCCUAGUUUCGAUGACCUAGAAGCUGGUACAGACUCCGAUGAUGAGGAAUUACCUGACCUUGUGUGAUUGCAGUGAACCCUUAUCCCCUGAAAAUAACACCACUAAUGCAAAGAAGGCUGACAAUCUUUUGUGUUGGAUGGACCACCUGAAAUGAUUGCUAUUACUUUAUCCUGUGUACCAUCAGUGAAGAAACCUAAUUCAUUUGCUGGUGUUGAGGCGCCAGUAUGGCAUGGCAAGUGUUUUCUGGAUUGAUUUAAUCAACUACAAAUACGCUUUAGGAUAAUGCAUUAUCCUUUAAGAGUAAAUUUGCUAGGAGUUCUGUUGAGUUUGGUUAAAUUUGCUACCAGUGUUAAGGUGGGUAAAAUAUACGUACUAAAGUAUUUUACCAACUUUUUGUAUUUGCCACUGUGGCCUGCUACCCAUGUGCUGAUAAGGUGAAAUCCAAAUUGUGCGUUUCUUAUUUUGCAUAUGCAAUGAUACGUUUUUAAGCUGUUGAUACUAGAGGCAAUUUUAUAUUUUAAUGUCUUCUUGGUAAUCCUUUAUUAAGAACGGAGUUAUAACUAUGUCCUAGAAUAGGUCUCGUUACAAACCAGUGAUAAAAUUUAGUCUUUCUUUUGUAGAAGCCAACAUAUUGUGCAUUGUUAAUGUAUAGAAAUCAAUGUACCAGACCAUGUUGCCUGUCUACUUGUUUUAAAUUAUUCUCCCCUCCUUUUUCUUUGUUGUGCACUGCAGUUGUUUUUCAUUCCUUAUUGUAAGCAUUCUUGAUAUAAAAACCAUUAAAAGCCCUAGCAUUGAUAAUGUAUUUUUAAA